AUGGUCAUUCCCCAACCUGUUCGGGUUCGAGGUAAAGAAUAGGAAAGCCUCCGUGAUUUGACUCUUUGAUAAUCGUCGUGCACAAGGCUACUAGCUAGCUAAAGUUCGAGGGCCAUCGGUCGACAAUCAGACCCCGAAGUCAGCUCGCCGCCCCGAACGCAGAAAACGAGACGCGUCCGGAAGUGGCCCAAGAUGAGACACAGAUUAAUACUCAGCCGCCAACUAUUACUGAUCAUCGGGCGGUACGAGCGCGUGUCGGGCAGGAAUGAUUCGAAGCAAUGGCGCGUUUCCGCGACCCAUGGCCAGCCAACAAGUCGGACGAAGGAAGAGAGGGCUCUUGUCCUGGUCGCCACUAGUAGUUCCAUAAUCACCCCAUGAUGGUCCCAACCAUAAUACUGCUAGCACUUCUCCAUGUCGGACUCCAUCCUGUCUUCGCCCCGAGCAUCCCACUCUGGUCUCUGCAGACUUCGUACCAUUUGCGGAACAUGAUAUUGAUUGACGCAACUUGCAAGAAAAAUUCACUAAAGUGUGUGAUCGGAAGUGCGACCGGCCGGUGUUACAAGGGACUUUUCUCCUUUUUCAUUCUUCCCCUUGUUUGCAUCGAGCCAUGGUAUGGCAAGUCUUCAUCAGUGAGUAAAAAAAAGAAAAGAAAGCCAAAUCAACAGCCGCCUGCGCCUGCAUGGGUCCUUGGCCAAGUGGAGAACAGGCCCGGCAGUCAACAAGUCAAGUCACAAGGGGGGGCGCGUCGUCUUGCUUCUGGUGGUGCCGAGCCCAACUUAGUGGUACCUAGCGAGUGGCUCCCUUCUCAGUCUCAGCUGCCCUCCGGCUCUCUGCCUAAGGUACGGGGGGGUUGUGUGUGUGUGGGUGGGUGGCUUCUUGAGCACCUUGUUCUCCAGUUCUCCAGGCUCAAACCAUUCAGAGUGGAAAGGCUCAGGCCCACAGCGAUUGGCUGUGUGUUUACAGAUCGAUGGAGCCCGGCCAUUUUGCUUCUUCUCCGAUGAUUGGUCUCUUAGUUCAUUACGCCUUUCUGGAUCGUUGUGUGCAGCUUAUCCAUCCAAUUCUCGUACUCACACAUGCCUUACAUGCCUACAUGAUGGAUACGCAACAUUUU